AGACUAGUGGGGAAGCAUGUGCCUCAUCAUUGAAAUUAAAACUGGUGAAAUUGAGGUCAUUCAUUAUGGAAAAGAAGCCUAAGCGAUAUAGCUCUAAUGAUGAUAAACGCGCUGAUGUCCGGAUAUGAGGAAAUCCCCCCCCCCCUCCCACAACACCAAGACAAGGACUUGAUUGGUGGUGAGUCUUGAAUCCGUGCAACACUCAAGUCUCAACUUCUUUGAUGUCUCAGUUCGAAUGAUCCUAAAGGGAAUUGAAAAGCAUGAAACAUGUAUAUACGUUAAUAUAUCAGUGGAUUUGGAGGUGAACACAACUCCACCAAAUAUAGUUUUAAUUUAUGGAGAUUUUACUUCCAAACGAUUUCAAAACCAUUUUGACAGUACAAGCGUUAGCCGCUUACCUUGAUUUUGGACGAUUUUGGACGACUGCUGUUUUGAUGAUACUGGCUUGGCUUAGAUUUCUUUUAAAAGGUCCCUAAAUUGGAGAAAAAAUGUUUGGAUGUCUAUCUGAAAUUAAUAUCCAUGUUCAUAAAUCAGUCCCCCUGGAGCUUUCCUUUGACGUGCUUCUUUGUCAUCCCUUUGUCUCUGUCCUUGGUGCUGAAAUGACCCAACCAAUUUUCACGCUGUAGUAAACAGUAGUAUUUUUUAGACCGCCCACUGUUCAUCACUCAAGGGAUAAACUUUAUCCCGCCUCCACUUAAACAGCCAACCCGUAUCAACUAGAUGUAGUUGAUAAUGUUCCCUUAAUUCCUUAGUUGAUGGAUUUACAUUACCAAGAAAUGUUGUCUCCUUAAAUGUACUAAGGACGCAUGGCGUGAAGAUCCUCUGGCCAAUUAGAACCUUUACAGGAGAUAGUUAAUCGACACAAUCGCAUGUAGUGGGCCUAUUUGGUUCAUCCAUGUUGUUUAGGAAAUAUUGAAGAGCUUUUCAUAUUCAAUAUAAGUCUACUAUCAUCUUUGAAACAUGUAGUUGUUCAUCUCCACUAGAUUAUUUUAGGGGAAAUAUACUUCUCCACUCCACUGGGCAUAAUUCAGGGCACAGCCCUGCCCUUUGACCUUCAAUGCUUUCCCACCAUAGACUGGAUUAACAGCUAGUUUCACUAGCAGUGCUAAUUGUAAGAAGAUUUUGAAACUCAUCCUAAUAAGCCAAAUCCUAACUGGAAAUAAGCAUAUAGUUCAUGGCCUCAAUGUGUCAAUGUAGGCUGUCCCUAUCAAAUAAAUACAUUACUAUUAGGCUACGUGUUAAAACAAAUAAUAUAUACCAAAAUAGGAGCUACAUUGGUUCAUGUUCAGUGACUGACUUCUAUUUCCUUAGGUAGAGAGCAGGCUUGGGCAUGUAUGGGAUUUAUUUGUUUCAUAAUUCCCCAUUUCAAAGCAGCAGUAGACAUGCAAAGAAGCAGAAUCGGAAGACAUUAGAGGUUUAUUCCCUUUAUGAGACAAGCCUUUAUCUGCCCACCCCAUGUCCAUCAUUUCCUGAUGGAUUUAAACUGCUAGAGCCACUGGAAUACCUCCAGAGAUUAUCUCCUGAACUUUGAGAACGUUUUGAAGAUAUCCCUCUAGUGGUGUGGGGGCUGUGCUUUGGCAAAGUGGGUGGGGUUAUAUCCUUCCUGUUUGGCCCUGUCCGGGGUGUCCUCGGAUGGGGCCACAGUGUCUCCUGACCCCUCCUGUCUCAGCCUUCAGUAUUUAUGCUGCAGUAGUUUGUGUCGGGGGGCUAGGGUCAGUUUGUUAUAUCUGGAGAACUUCUCCUGUCCUAUUCGGUGUCCUGUGUGAAUCUAAGUGUGCGUUCUCUAAUUCUCUCCUUCUCUCUUUCUUUCUCUCUCUCGGAGGACCUGAGCCCUAGGACCAUGCCCCAGGACUACCUGACAUGAUGACUCCUUGCUGUCCCCAGUGCACCUGGCUGUGCUGCUGCUCCAGUUUCAACUGUUCUGCCUUAUUAUUAUUCGACCAUGCUGGUCAUUUAUGAACAUUUGAACAUCUUGGCCAUGUUCUGUUAUAAUCUCCACCCGGCACAGCCAGAAGAGGACUGGCCACCCCACAUAGCCUGGUUCCUCUCUAGGUUUCUUCCUAGGUUUUGGCCUUUCUAGGGAGUUUUUCCUAGCCACCGUGCUUCUACACCUGCAUUGCUUGCUGUUUGGGGUUUUAGGCUGGGUUUCUGUACAGCACUUUGAGAUAUCAGCUGAUGUACGAAGGGCUAUAUAAAUAAAUUUGAUUUGAUUUGUUCUGUUGGUUCAAUAUAUCUACAUAUUGCAACAGAACACGGACAUCUUCUCAUAUUGUGUUGCUUCCUGUACAGUGGGGCAAAAAAGUAUUUAGUCAUCCACCAAUUGUGCAAGUUCUCCCACUUAAAAAUAUGAGAGGCCUGUAUGAGAGGCCUUUUCAUCAUAGGUACACUUAAACUAUGACAGACAAAAUGUGGGAAAAAAAUCCAGAAAAUCACAUUGUAGAAUUUUUUAUGACUUUAUUAGCAAAUUAUGGUAAUUUGCAAAUUACAGGCACCCCUUUCUGCGUGCCUGUAGACUAUCUGUGCAAAGGUGUUAGGGGUGGAAUUCCAGUUUGCAAAUCACUUCUUUCACAUAGAAGCCUCUAAAUAAAUGAAAGAGAAUGCACAUCAGACACACCUAGAAGGCUAUGGUAUUUUGGGAUAUUCAGGAUGUCAAGCCGAGAUUCAAUCAGAUCGCCCCCUUUCGACUAUGCACCUUUUAAAGAAAAUGUUUCUUCGUUCGCGGAGACUACAUUCAUGGUAAACGCUGCAUAUAUCGGCUCAACUGGAAAUUACCUUUAAAUGUCAAUAACACGGAUCUUCCAUGGUCCGGAUUGAAUCUGCUUUACUCAGAAUGGAACUGAAAGGACACUGCAUGGGUUAAAUUACCGUUGAGCCCCUGCCAGGACAAAUCACUGUGUACAUGACCCAUCCAAAUACCAUUUUCCCAGUGUUUGCUAUGGAAUUAUUGCAGUACAACACCGUUCUCAGACACUGCGGCAAGGUCGCCAAAACAGAUUAAGCUACUGCACAUGUGCAGCAUGAUGGUUAUAUUAAUCCUAUAGCUCCAUCUGUCUGUCACACCAUCUUCUCUGCAUAUUCCUGUUCACCCUUCUGAUGCUAGGUGUUUGUCUAUCCUAGGAACUGCCUUACAUGAAAUUCAGCCCCUAGUUUGACUUUGUUUUUAACUUCUUCCUGUCUCAUCCUCUCUUUUUCUGUUUUUUUUCUUCCAGUUUGCUGAUCACUUCUGUUUAAAUCCCACUGGCAUUACCUCAGGCCUAAUCCCAGAUAUCAAAAACUUUUCACAAUGGCUGAGCUCAGAUGGAUGUACUUUAAAAUUUGUUUGAUCACACAAAGUUCAUCCUGAAAAUACACCAUCUCUGGUGCUCUAUCUAAAUGUUUUUCUCCCACUGUCUUGACCGGACUCCAGCCUCACAGUUUUAACAAAUCAUUUGAAUGUGUCAUAUGUUUGAUGAUAAAAUGUGUUUCUUUGAUAAUUAUUUUAAAUAAUAUGCAUUCAAUCAUUCAAAAUGCGUGUCGGUGCAUGAUACAGUAUUGUUCGGAGUCGACGUUGAAAAAUUGACCAGUUCACAGCACGUGUCCCCCAGAACCCGUUUUUGGCGCGCAAUUUUCGAGGUGGCCAGACAGUUCUGACGAAAACUUUUAUGACACAGUGCAACUGAAUAAUAUUAUUUUGGGGGGGUAAGUAGCCAGCAACAGUAUUUUGUUGUUUCCAAUGAAGUUUCGCUAAAUAUUCCUAAUAUUUUGGUUACCACAUGAGUUACCCUUGACAAAACUCGAGACUGGAUAACUUAUUUGGUUUUGUCAUGAUCAGAUCAGACUGAGGGGUUAGCUUUAUGCCUAGCUAGGCUAGCUGGCCAGCAUAGCCCAAUGUAACUAUUAACGUUAAAGUAGUUGAUUCAGAGAAGGUUAGAAAGUGGUUUUGGUUGAGUUCUUACAGAAUUAGCUAACUUCCAUACCGGUUGCAUUUAUUUUUCCUAUGCAACAUUUUGCUCAUAGAAAAUGUCCCAGCUCUUCUUUGGAAAGCCAGCCCCUACCUUUCAGUCUACACCAAAACCGGGUCAUCAUCCCUCAUCACCCAAGGACCCUGAACAAGGACAUGGGCCAGACCAGGACAUCCCUGAUGAGACAUUUUCAUUUGUGACACUGGAUGAAAGCCAUGGACAGCAAAGUGAGGACUCCGGCAUCGACAUUUCAAACAUCUCCAAUAGACGUAACGUACACAACAGUACUUCCAGUGAGCUCCCAGGUGAGGAGACUACGACUGUUCUCAGUUCAACGAUAGAGGAGAUAGGGAAGAAGGCCCAGGAUCUGAUAGAGAGAAUAAACCAGAGCCGAGCCAUGGACCAGGAAAUCAUGACCACCUUUGAGAACAAGUUAAUGAAUAAGGUGAGUGAGGUGUGCCAGCAGGUGAAGGAGCAGAUGUUCAGCAGCUAUGAGGAGCAUGGCCGUGGGAUGGAGGCCAAUUUGCAAGAGCUGUCUGAGGUGCUGGAGAGGAGCAGUCAGCUCAGUAUGGAGCUGCAGGGAGCCAGUCAGACCUUAUCAGCCAUCAACAACAGCCUGCAACAGACAGCUGAGAACUGACAUCUACCCAGCCAUUAAUUUAUUUCAACUGCCUUACAGCAUCCCGACUUCUGGGAGGUCUAGAAUAAUUAAAGCAAAGCCUUAUUUGACUGUGGUAUAUGUCUAAAAGGAUAUAAAACAGUGGUUGUAAACUGAGGUGUUGGAAGAAGCUUAUGUUUAUUAAAUUAUUUAUUACAUAA